AUGAGUUCAAUGGAUGUCUGUGUGGUGCUGAUGGGCGGCAGCUCUGUGCAUAUCAGUAUAACAGCUGAGUGUCCUGUCGCAGAGUUGCAGCAGACCGCGCAGAAUCUGUUCCACACCGGAAAAGGAAAGUUGAUCACGGCUUCUGGAGAGGUGCUGAACCCAGCGCACACCAUCAGCGAGUGUGGUGUGCAGCCUGGAGACGUCCUGACUUUGCAUCUGCGUCAGCCUCGUAUCGCAGCUUCGGGCGAUACUUUUGUGGCCAUCCUCGGUGAUGGAUCUAUUGAAACUUGGGGUCGUUUUCAAUCUGACGCCCCUGGCAUUGGCUCUGUCCGCGAUCAGCUCAGGGAUGUGCAGGACAUCCAGGCUUCGUCGUAUGCCUUCGCGGCCCUGUUGAGCGACGGAUCCGUUGUGACCUGGGGCUCUCCGGGCUUUGGCGGUGACAGCAGCCAGGUUAGGGAGCAGCUGCGCAAGGUUCGGCAAAUUCGUGCUUCGCAGCAAGCCUUCGCGGCUAUCCUGGAAGAUGGAUCUGUUGUCACAUGGGGCUCUGGCGCAGCCGCUCAGAGCAGCUCUGUUAGGGAGCAGCUCCAGAAUGUUCAGCAGAUUCGAGCUGCGGAUCAGGCUUUUGCAGCCAUUCGAGGUGAUGGAUCUGUGGUCAGUUGGGGCUGCCCCAGCCUUGGGGGUGACAGCAGUGCGGUGCAGGACCAGCUGAAGCAUGUUCGCCACGUCCAGGCUUCGGGGCGUGCCUUUGCCGCUUUGCGGGACGAUGGAUCCGUGGUGACCUGGGGCAACGCUGAGUACGGCGGUGACUGUAGUUCUGUGCAUGCCGCACUGCGGGACGUAAAGGACAUCCAAGCUUCGGAUGGGGCUUUUGCUGCAGUUCUGGGUGAUGGGUCUGUUGUGACCUGGGGGAAUCCCUAUGCGGGUGGCGACUGUAGCUCUAUCAACGCAGAGCUCAAAAACGUGCAGAAUGUUCAGGCCACAAAGUUAGCGUUUGCAGCAAUAUUGGAAGAUGGAACUGUGAGGACCUGGGGCCAUCCUGACUAUGGUGGUGACAGCAGCUCUGUCCAGAAUCAGCUGAGAAACGUCCGACAGAUACAAGCUUCGUCGUAUGCCUUUGCUGCUCUACUGCUUGAUGGCUCGGUUGUUACCUGGAGGGAUGCUGCCACCGGUGGCGACUGCAGCUCUGUCCGUGAGCAGCUGAGGGAUGUGCAGCUGAUUCAGGGCUCAAGCAAGGCCUUUGCGGCCAUCCUUGCCAGUGGUUCCGUGGUGGCCUGGGGAGAUCCCGAGGUCGGUGGCGACAUGGGGCGCAGAGACCCGACGGAUACCGUGGCAAACUAG